AUGACUGUCUUCAUUCAUGUUUUGUUCAUUGCUGGAAAAGUCACCUCCAAGAAAGGUGUUAAAUGUGGAGGAAUCCUCUCUGCAAGCAGUGGCAAUGUGUCAAGCCCUAAUUUUCCAAGCCUGUACCCUUAUAAUACUGAAUGCACCUGGUUGAUAGUGGUCUCGGAAGGCUCUUCCGUACUGUUAACCUUCCAUCACUUCGAGCUGGAAUACCAUACAGACUGUGCUUAUGACUACAUCAAGAUAUACAACGGCAUCUCAGAGGAUGAAGGCAACCUUCUGGGGAAAUUCUGUGGAGAUGUGUCUCCUCCUCAGUUCAGCUCAUCCUGGAACGUCAUGUCCAUCAUCUUCCAUUCAGACCGCCAUGUUGCACGCAAGGGUUUCUCGGUUGGCUAUAGGAAAGAUAUGUGUGGUGGGGUACUGACCGGUCUAUCGGGGGUCAUCUCAAGCCCAGGUUAUCCACUAGAGUACAACAACAAUGCAGAUUGCUCCUGGACUGUACACGUGUCCAAUCAGAGUGUAGUGAGCCUGGUGUUCCUCGACUUCCAGUUGGAAAACAAUGAGGGGUGCAAUUUCGACUACGUGGCCCUCUUUGAUGGCCCCUCUGUUAAACACCGUCACCUGGGCAAUUACUGUGGUAAUGAGAGACCUCCCAACACCGUCACCACAUCAAACCAUCUGCUUGUGGUCUUCAAGUCUGACUUUAAUAUUGGCGGGAGAGGGUUUAAAGCCUACUACUACUCAGGAGAGUGCCAGCAAAUUCUCAAAAAUAUCAGUGGGAACUUUACUAGCCCUCACUACCCAAACAUUUACCCCAACAACAUCAACUGUCACUGGACAAUCACUUUAGCAGCUGGCUACAGGAUUAAGCUAUUUUUCCCCUUUCUGGAGCUUGAGGAUCGAAACAGCCUGACUGACAUGUGCGACUAUGACUCUGUGUAUGUGUACGAUGGGGACAGCGAGACAGACACGCUGUUGGGUCAGUGGUGUGGCAGUGAACAGCCUCCAUCUUUGACCUCUAAGGGAAAUAAACUACUGGUUGUUCUCAGCACUGACCGGAACUAUGCCUUUAAGGGAUUCACGGCCUCCUAUAUAGGAGUGGUGCCAGUCAAUGUAAGCUGCACCCGAACUGAGUUUCAGAUUCAGAUCUCCAGGGAGGCUUUGCCCCAGCUGGACCGUGAGAACAUUUAUCUUGGGAAUCCAUCCUGUUCGGCCCAGCUGACAGAAACAUCCUACAAAAUUCUAGCCCGUUUUGUCAACUGUGGAACUGCUGGACAGAAACGUCAAAACAUCACCAUGCUGGUGAACUCGCUUUAUAUCGACUACUCUGAUGGACCGCAGCAGAAUAUUCAGGAGUAUGAGGUGCAAUGUGACGCCCAGAGGAAGAUGGCCAUGGUCAACAUCAUCUCAGUUGAGGAGCGUAACCGUCUCAAUGAACUGGCCCGUCUGGCCAAGGAAUCAAACAACAAGAAUGUUGAUGAAGAAAGUGAACCUCAUGAGACCAGUGACAUCAUCUUCAUCAGCAUCUGUGUUCUCGCUGUGAUCCUCAUGUUAAUUGCUAUUGUGUGGUUGGUGCUUCUAUAGGUGUGCCACACAAUGCAUAUAUAAGGACUUGAUACAUCUCUGUUUUUGUACUGUUUUGGAAAGAACAUUCUGACAAAUGCAAUGUAAAUAAAAGUCAAAUGUUGUA